GAGAGCAGCCGCAUAAGUCAAGAAGAAGAAGAAGUAGUGGUGGUGAACAAAAAAAAAAAUGAAGAAAAUUCUUAACAAUAUGUCUUAGCAAAUUAGAGAAUAUUUAGACUGGACAACAUUGGACUGAAGCGAGUGAUUUGUGGGCUAAUUCACUGGGUGUGAGCGCGGAAUUGCAAUGUCACAGAGUGAGGAUUCCGCACAAGGUGGUGGCGACACCCAGAUGGACACAGACGAUGCCCAUUUUGUCCAGCCGGCACCCCCUGAGAUGCACCCGAGCACCCCCAAUACACUGGCAAAGGGAAAAUCACCGCCAGAGGGGCCAGCCAAUACAAUCAUGAUUACGAAUAAGUACAGCAAUGCAGGGGUCACGAGUCAGACCCAAAAGAGUAACAACUCCAUCAUGAUUCUCACCUCGCACAAUCACACAGACGUGUCGUCGAACAUAACGUCGUCAAGUCAAAUCAACAUCUGCAUCAACAAUCACUUUAGCGACAGCAUCACCAGCUCAUCCGCCACGGUGACCACGGAGAGCGGUGAUGAGCGGCUGUUGAAUGGGAAGGAAGCCCAGCAGCAGCAACUGGAUGAACCCGACUCCACAACGUGUCACUUCAAAGACUCUCGAUCUCAGCCAAACACGCCCCUUGUCGUGCCACCGGACCCCACGGCCUCUCCGUCAGCAGGCAAGAAUACACCCGAACUCGAGGACACCACCAACCCACCGGCCGCAGAUGCUCAACCACCGCCCAAGACUUCCGCAGACUUUGCCAGCGGGGACGAGGUACUUGUACACAAGGGGGAUGUUUUCUACCUCGGCACCAUCAUUGUCAUCGGCAGGAAGCAGGCAUGUGUCUACUUUGGCGAUGACACCAAGUGCUGGGUUUACUUCGAUGAGAUGCGCAAGCUUAACGUCACUGCCAAUGGCGAUGCUUCCGGACCCCUAUGUGUUCACUGCAAAGAGCGCAGUGGUAAGGAGCCCGACUCCAUUGUGGAUGUCUGCAAGCGCUGUCAACGUGGAUACCACAAAAAAUGCACGGGAAUGGAUGUGAAGAAUGGGAUUCACUGCAGAAGGUGUUUCGAACAAAAUAGUCUGAAUGGCGUGAAUGGUGGAAAAUAUUUUAAUAAGAAUAACAAUUCGAUGGGUGAUGAAAGAUUGUCCUUUUCGGAUAAUUCUCUAUCGCCAUUUGAUACAGGGAAUUUCUUCCCACUUCGCACCUCGGACAACAAGGAUGCGUGGUCGGGAUCGUCAAAUAAUUCGGACUUAAGCACAGCUUCGUCUAAUGGGAAUCACAAGGGACGUAAAUUGUACACGUGUGGGCGUCGACUGAGGGAGAGGCAGGAGAAGAAUUAUGCUGAGAGCACACGACGUCCACCGGCUGCUGCAACGAACCCUCAGGCAUCCACAUCAUCUGGCUGUUCCGAUGCCUCGUCGUCGUCGUCAUCGUCAUCGUCGCUACUUAACUUCACAGCCGCAACAUUCCUCAGUCAGCAGCUGCUAAGCAGCCAACGUUCGGGCGCAGCUCGAGGGUCUGUCGCAUCAGAUAAAGGUGGGUCAAUCAUAAGUAAGAUCUUUGAUACGAGAACCCCAUCGAAUUUCGCCAAUGGCGAAAAGUACGUGAUUCGCGGGAAGAGAAUUGAUGUCGAUGGGAAUAUUCAAUACCUCGUCGAAUGGGAGGGUGUCUCUUAAAAUCUCUAAAUCUCAAAUUAACAAACUUUCACGUGUUACGAAUGUAAAUCUUUUGUAAAUUACAACAAAAAAACUACAUUCAUACCACCUGAGAGGCUCAUUGAAAUUUAGAUUCAUCUCAACCAACACAACAUCCACAAAUGUUGCCCAAAAUGUGCAUUUUGUGUAUUUUUUUCAUUUAAUUUUAGAAAUUUAAAAAAUUGCAGAAAAGUCGGCACACGUACCAGAAUUUGGUGGAAAGGGGUGGUCUGGGUUUGUUAGCAAGCACUGAACUGGGGAUUUUUGUAAUUAUUGCUGGGAACGCUAUGAGGGUAUAUACGUUGACGUUAACUUCAAGCAGAUUGCCAGAGAAAACUUAAAUUUUAAACAUACUGGACCAAGUUUGAGAUAAACAAUAACACAAAGAAUUUAGAAUUAAUCACAAAAUAAGUUUCAAAGCUUCAUAAAUAAUUAGAGAAAGUUGCAAAAAUUUAUGCAAAAUGAAUCAGAAAAUAUUUGUUUGAAUUAAUUAUGAAGAAAAUUUUAAUUUACUCCAAAGGAGUUUAUUUGUUUCUCUAUGGGAAAACUGUUUAUUCGAGGAGACAAACACGGGCAUUCUUGUCAAGAAAAUUAUAAAAAAAAAGAAACGAAUAAGAAAGGGGCAUAUAGAAACCUUUUAUGUUUCAUUGGAAUCGAAAAGAUCGAAAUUUACCUAAAAAUUGAAAAAAUGACGUUACUAUUGUGAA